AAGAAAGUAUGUGACUUGACCAAACUAACACAGCUUAUCAACCACAGCAGAAAAUCACAAAUAAUGAAGAACAUUUACUUUGUGGCUGGACUGUUUAUAAUGCUGGUGCAAGGCAGCUGGCAACGUUCCCUUCAAGACACAGAGGAGAAACCCAGAUUCCAGACAACCCCCCUUGAUGACCCUGAUCAGAUGACUGAAGACAAGCGCCACUCACAGGGCACAUUCACCAGUGACUACAGCAAGUAUCUGGACUCCCGGCGUGCCCAAGAUUUUGUGCAAUGGUUGAUGAAUGCCAAGAGGGGCAGGAAUAACAUUGCCAAACGUCAUGAUGAAUUUGAGAGACAUGCUGAAGGGACUUUUACCAGUGAUGUAAGUUCUUAUUUGGAAGGUCAGGCUGCCAAGGAAUUCAUUGCCUGGCUAGUGAAAGGCAGAGGAAGACGAGAGUUUCCAGAAGAAGUCGCCAUUGUUGAAGAACUCCGCCGCAGACAUGCUGAUGGCUCCUUCUCUGAUGAGAUGAACACGGUUCUUGAUAAUCUUGCCACCAGGGAUUUUAUCAACUGGCUGAUUCAAACCAAAAUCACUGACAGGAAGUAAGUGUGCCGUUAUUCAAGAUCAUCUUCACAACAUCACCUACAGGCCAUUUGGUAUAUUGAAAUUUUAAGUUAUAUAAACUUAAGAGGUGUAUUCUGAAGCCAUAUUGCUUUGCAUGCCAAUAAAUAUAUUUUCCUUUAGCAUUGUGUAGCUAAAAG